AUGGUUUUAGAAGCUACUGUUUUAAUUGUUGAUAAUUCUGAAUAUUCCAGAAAUGGAGAUUUCCCUACUACAAGAUUUGAAGCUCAAAUGGAUUCUGUUGAGUUUAUUUUCCAAGCUAAAAGAAACAGUAAUCCUGAAAAUACUUUAGCUUUAAUUUCUUCUGCUGGUGGUACAAACCCUCAAGUUCUAUCUACUUUUACCUCUGAAUUUGGUAAAAUUUUGUCGGGUUUAAAUUCAAUUCAAAUUGAUGGCAGUUCAUCUUUGUUGAAUUCUAUCCAAAUAGCUCAAUUGAUUCUAAAACAUCGUCAGAAUAAGUUACAACAUCAAAGAAUCAUCAUUUUUGUGUGCUCACCAAUCCAGGAUUCUGAAAAGGAGAGUUUGUUAACAUUGGCCAAAAAAUUGAAGAAAAAUAACAUCGCUAUAGAUAUUAUAAAUUUCGGUGAAAUUGAUUCAAAUACUACUUUCUUACAAGAUUUCAUCUCAACUGUAAAUAAUACUAAUUCUACAGAUGAUCAAAGCCAUUUACUUACUGUCCAACCUUCUGCUGCAAGAUUACUAUAUGAGAAUAUUGCAUCUUCGCCAAUAAUAAUGGAACAUAACAAUGGUACUAAUAUGAUGGGUGGUUCAAACUUUGACGAUAACUCAUUUAUGGAUUUUGGCGUAGACCCUUCAAUGGACCCUGAAUUAGCAAUGGCAUUACGUCUAUCAAUGGAAGAAGAACAACAAAGACAAGAAAGAUUAAGACAAGAACAAGAACAACAGCCAAAAGAAUAA